AUGAGCCGGAAGCUCGCCCCCGAAGCAAAUCGGAUUCUCUUCGUCAAGAACCUCAGCUACAACGUAACAGCAGAGCAACUUUUUGACUUGUUCGGGAAAUUUGGGCCUAUUCGCCAAAUCCGUCAAGGCAUUGCCAACAACUCCAAGGGCACAGCAUUUGUGGUCUACGAGGACGUACACGACGCCAAGCAGGCAUGCGAUAAGCUCAAUGGCUUCAACUUCCAGAGCAGAUACUUGGUCGUAUUAUACCACCAGCCAGAAAAGAUGGUUCGCUCAAAGGAGGAUAUCCAAGAAAGACAGGAGAACCUGGAACGACUUAAACAGCAGCAUGGGAUAGAGUGA